GGGCCGGUUCUCCGUGCGGCGUAGGGAUGCUACCCCGCGGAGCGCCCUGGGGGCCUGGAGUACGGACCCCUGGAGGGAGGCUGGCGGCCUCUGGAGGUUGGACGGCCGCCGGGAUGCUACGGAGCGCUCCCUCCACCUAGCGGGUCGGAAGCCGCGAGCAUCCUUUUCGUUUCUCUCGAGCUGGAACCCCGGGGUAUUGUGAAAGUAUAGGGCUGGACCGCGGCCACCGCUGCCUCCUCCCAUCACUAGAAGCGGGCAGCCCUGGGCAGACUACUGGAAGUCACAACCAAAGAAAUUCUGUGAUUACUGCAAGUGCUGGAUAGCAGACAAUAGGCCUAGUGUCGAAUUUCACGAAAGAGGAAAGAAUCAUAAGGAAAAUGUGGCAAAAAGAAUCAGCGAGAUUAAACAGAAAAGCCUGGAUAAGGCAAAGGAAGAAGAAAAGGCAUCAAAGGAGUUUGCUGCAAUGGAGGCCGCUGCCCUGAAAGCAUACCAAGAGGAUUUGAAAAGGCUUGGCUUAGAGUCAGAAAUUUCAGAGCCAAGUGUAUCACCAGUCACCAGCACUACCCCACCCACCUCUGCAUCAAAUCAGCAGAAAGAGAAGAAGAAAAAGAAAAAAGACCCUUCCAAGGGCAGAUGGGUAGAAGGCAUAACUUCCGAGGGUUAUCACUACUACUAUGAUCUUAUCACAGGAGCAUCUCAGUGGGAGAAACCUGAAGGAUUUCAAGGAAACUUAAAAAAGACGGCAGUGAAGGCUGUUUGGGUAGAAGGUUUAAGUGAAGAUGGCUAUACCUAUUAUUAUAACACAGAAACAGGAGAAUCCAGAUGGGAAAAACCUGAUGAUUUCAUUCCACACUCUGGCGAUCUGCUUUCUAGUAAAGGCAGUGAAAAAUCACGUGGCACCGAAGAAGCGUCCAAAUCGUCAGAUUCGCAUAGUGACUCUGAUGGGGAACGAGAAGCCAGAAAAGGAGAGGUCUCCACAGAAAGGGAAAAGAUAAGAAUAAAGUUUAAGGAAAAAAAUAAAAAUAGUGAUAAAGGAACUGAACCAGAAACACAGAAAGGAAAAAAGACCCAAGGGCAGAAUUCAUCAGGUCCAAGUGAAGGAAAACCCAAGGCUCACAAAAAACCAAACCCUUAUGGAGAGUGGCAAGAAAUUAAGCAAGAAGUAGAGUCCCAUGAGGAGGUAGACUUGGAACUUCCAAGCACUGAAAAUGAAUACAUGUCCACUUCAGAGGCUGAUGGUGGUGGGGAAGCCAAAGUGGUUUUUAAAGAAAAAACCGUCACUUCUCUUGGCGUCGUGGCAGAUGGAGUGGCCCCCGUCUUCAAAAAGAGAAGAAUUGAAAAUGGAAAAUCUAGAAAUUUAAGGCAACGAGGUGACGAUCAAUAAUUGUAAAAAAGCUUUUCGGACACCCUUUUUGGACAGGAUGGAGACUCUACAUCUUAAAAGCUCCUCCGUGUUUACUGUACAGUAUCUCAAAGGCCAAAAAUUUAGACUGACUCUAAAUGUAUUUUAUGUGAAUUUAAAAUAAAUCUUUUUUCAUGUGAAAC